AUGGAAGAGUAUACUUCAGCAUUUAUAAAAGUCCCAAUCAAGAAAGUUUCAGUAGAUGUCUAUGAGGUUGAAGCCAUGUCGAUUCUGUCGACCAGUACGAUACAGUCGAGUUCAUCAGAGAUGUCUAAAUUACCACAAAAUACCAGAAGAACAAAGCCAGAAGAGCUUUGUUUAGCAAAAAGAGCCUCAACCGAUAGAGACUCUGCUCAACAAGGAUUUCUAUUGGGUAUAUUGAUGUGUUAUGACUUCACCAUUAAAAUUAGAAGACUCUAUAAGAAAGGGCACAAGACUCAUCAACUCUUUGUUAUAGAGUCUAUAUCUAAAAAUGGGACAGUUUAUUUCAAAGCACCCACCACUGAUAAUAAAAGUGGUGAUAAGAAACUAAUGCGUCGUAACUUAGAUGCUAUGACAAAUAACAGUCUCUUAAACAUCGUUCAAUAUGAGUGUGCUACUAAACUCGACUUAAAACGAGGAAAAAGAAGCAAUUUAUGCACUGAGAUGAAAAGGAUCCAAGCCAUUCAAUUUCACAAUGAUUUAUUUAAAGCACAAGACAUUUUAAGACAUGGGCUUUUUAUUAACGAGUCAAUACUUAAUAAAAUGACUCCAGAAGGCUGUGAAUUAACUUCAAAUGACAAACCAUACCUUACUAGUUGUCUUUAUUAA